AUUGUUCAUAUAAACAAAGCAGCAGCAGACUGUUUGUGUGUCAGGUUUCCGGUCUUCUUCACCUCAAGGAGCCCUAACCUUUGGUCAAGUUUGGAUCUUUAACCGGUGGACACAGUCUCAGCAGGAGGUAUUUGGAGGAUUAUGCAAGUCUUUGUAGAUCUGUACGAGGCAUGAGGGCAGGGGGGAUGUUCCUCUGUGCUCAUGUAAGUCCCCCAUAGGCUGAUAUCUUCUUCGAGGGGGGCUGCAGACAAGCACCUGCGCCGGGCAAAGAUUGAUCCAGGUCUGUCCUGCACCUGUCUGCAGCUGCCAAGUGGGUGCCAAACAGAUCUGCAGCACAGAGAAGCUGAAUCAAAAUGAGUAUCCAAGAAAAUUCAGUUAAGAGUAAUGAUGUUGCAGUCAUGAAUGACGACAUUGAAAGCAUCUCAACUAAAUUCUCCAACUGCAUCAUAAGCAACACUGAAACUCCUGCAGGCGAUGGAGAUGUUGAGGAGAUAUCAAAUGGGAUAUCGACCCUGAGUUCAGCUGAAAACCUAUGGAGCACCAGCAGAGACCAGGCAGUCAGGCUGAGGAUGGAGAACUCGGGACGGGGCUCGGAGAAUCCAAUCACCAUCCAUCAGAUGUUCCAGAAGACAGUGGAGACGUUUGGGGAUCAUUCAGCUCUGGCUUACAAAGAAGAGGGUCAGUGGGUGAUGGUGACAUGGAAGGAGUACUACGGGCAGUGCAGGGCAGCAGCAAAAAGUUUCCUCAAGUUGGGUCUGGAGCGAUACCACGGUGUGGGGAUUCUGGGAUUCAACUCCCCUGAGUGGUUCAUUGCAGACAUCGGUUGCAUCUUUGCCGGGGGUCUGGCAACCGGAAUUUACACCACCAACUCCGCUGAGGCCUGUCAGUAUGUAGCUGCCAGCAGUGAAGCCAACGUCCUGGUGGUGGAAAACCAGAAACAACUCGACAAAAUCCUGAAGAUCAAAGAUCAGCUACCUCACCUGAAAGCCAUUGUCCAGUAUAAAGGCGAGCUGCAGCAGAAAACCCCGUUCCUUUAUUCCUGGGAAGAGUUCAUGAAGCUGGGAGAGGACGUCCCUGAAAAGACACUGGAUGACAUGAUCAACAGUCUCAGACCAAACGAGUGCUGUUCUCUCAUCUAUACCUCUGGAACGACUGGCAGCCCUAAAGGAGUCAUGUUGAGUCAUGAUAAUCUGACAUGGACGUGCAACGCUGCAGCUCUGACAUUCAAUCUUAACUACGCUGAAGAAGUUAUGGUCAGUUACCUGCCGCUCAGCCAUGUGGCAGCCCAGGUUAUCGACAUGUGGCUGGCUAUCAGCUAUGCAACGACUACCUACUUCGCAGAUCCUGAUGCUCUCAAGGGCUCCUUAGUCAACACAAUGAAAGAGGCUCGUCCAACUUGUUUCCUCGGGGUUCCUCGUGUGUGGGAGAAGAUGGAGGAGAAAAUGAAAGCUGUGGGAGCCAAAUCAUCCCCAUUGAGGAAGAGAGUGGCGGGCUGGGCCAAAUCUAUAGGCCUGCAGUAUAACUACAGUGUCAUGAAUGGGGAGGAUCUGGUGCCGUGGGGCUUCAUGCUGGCUGACAAUCUGGUCUUCAAAAAGGUGCGUGCUGCACUGGGCUUGGAUCGCUGCAAGCUCUGCAUCACAGGCGCUGCACCCAUCACCAAAGACACCUUGGAGUUCUUCAUGAGCCUGAACAUCCCCUUGUUAGAGCUGUACGGCAUGAGUGAAUGCAGCGGCCCGCAGACCCUCUCCUUGAAUAACCAAUACAGCAUCACAAGCUGUGGAAAGGUGAUGCCAGGCUGCAAGACGAAGCUGGAGAACCCGGAUGAGGAUGGAAACGGAGAGAUCUGUUUCUGGGGUCGGCAUGUCUUCAUGGGUUACCUGGACAUGCCUGACAAAACCACAGAGGCAAUUGAUCAGGAUGGCUGGCUGCACUCCGGAGAUCUGGGAAGACACGACUCACACGACUUCCUUUACAUCACAGGAAGGAUCAAGGAGCUGAUCAUUACAGCCGGCGGUGAGAACAUCCCUCCUGUGCCCAUCGAGAAUGCACUGAAGGCCGAGGUGCCCAUCAUCAGCAAUGUUAUGCUGCUGGGAGACAAGCUCAAGUUCCUCUCCAUGCUUAUCACACUCAAAUGUGUCGUGGAUGAAAACGCUGAGCCCACAGAUGAACUGAGCCCAGAGGCUCUGGAUUUCUGCAGGGAGCGAAGUGUCACAGCCACUAAGGUGUCUGAGAUCAUAGCCAAAAAGGAGCCGGCUAUCUUCACCGCCAUCCAGGAGGGUGUGGAGCGCAUCAACGCCAGAUCAACGUCGAAUGCCCAGCGGGUGCAGAAGUGGGUCAUACUGGAGAGAGAUUUCUCUAUAUCUGGAGGAGAACUGGGACCCACUUUGAAACUGAGGAGGCCCAUUGUCGUGAAGAUGUACCAGGAGAAAAUAGAUGAAAUAUACCAGGUAGCAAAACUGUAAACUGUGCUACACUUAAGAGAUGGUGAUCAGGAAGCUGACAGCAGGCUUCUGAACACUGUUUUGGCCGGGAUGUCAUUUUGAAAAAUGUAUAAAGUUAUUUUUCACUGGGAUGUUUAAAGUGCAAAUUUAAGAAAUAAUUGAUUCUGAUCGUGUUGUAUUUAAUGAAAGAAAGGUUUGUGCUGCUAUAUUUUAAUGUCUAGUUUCUGUUGUCUGUCCUAAAUCAAUAUUUAAGCUGUGAAAUGUACAUACUGUUCCACAACAGCUAUGCAAAUUUUGUAAACAAAAUAUCCAAAUCAGAGCCAAUUUUGUUUUUUUUGCCAUUUUACAUUAUUGCAUUUACAGGUGCAUUGUCUACAUGCAGGAUGGUUAACACUGGAUUGUGUAGUCAUUAUUUACAGAAGUAAAAUUAUACAGUUUUUAUGGAAGUUCUGGGAACUUUGAUUCAUGUAGCAAACAGUUCAAACUCUUUUUAAGGUCAUAAAAGGCAUGUGCGGUUUGUGUGCAUAUCUCACGUGCAUGUGACAAAUAGUUUCAGAGUAUUGUUAGUGAAAGAUUCUUCAUUGCCAGUUUCCAGCCUCGUGUUGUGUUUGCAAGAUAAUCUCCAUUUGACAAAUCUUCAAACAUUGAUUUUAAAAAUUUGGACGUAAUGUUUGAAUGUGUGUUUUUACAAUGUGAAGAGAAUAUAAUAUGAUGUUCUGAAUUAAUGCAAAAUUGUAAAGCACAAUUUGUGCCCCUCCAUGUACAGUUGAAAUAUAUUGAAAUGUAUAUUUCAUGACAGAUGUUCUGUGAUUGUCAAUAAAACAGAGUGGUUUGGAUAAA